CAUGCAACCAAAAUUAUUAUUAUUGAUUUUUAUUCUUCUCACCUUUACUAUUUCUGUGACUCCAGAGACUCCAGAUUAUGUCGAUAGUCGCUGCAUAGUAAAAGACAAACCUCUCGGGCCUUUCAAUGGUACUCGUCAUUCUAAAGUUGUUGAUGUUCUGAAGAAAAUGAUUGACAGAAAUAACUGGACAGCCGAUUUUGAAAAGGCGGUCGCUGACGCACAUAGUACAGGCAUCUCAGAAAUGCUCUAUAUAAAAAAUUUAUCCGACUACUACAAUUUUCUCAAUGAUUUUGUGUAUUGGGUGCCCAAAGAAGAUGAAACAGGAUCUUUUGUUUACCGUAUGAUUUGCACGAUGUAUUUUGUCCUCGAUCAGAAAUCUGUCAUAGAUUAUCAGUCACGCAUUGAGCCUGGGUGUUCCCAAAAGGGGCUAUCGGAGCUAUCCCAAUGGAUGGUUGAUUUUGCCAACGAAAUGGGAAGAUUUCUCGAUACGCCUCAAUCACUUACUGAAGAAACUCUGCGGAGUUUUUAUACUGCACAGAACUACAACUUGGAUGCCUACGAGAUUCCCAAAGGAGGCUGGCUAGGGCAUUCUUUCAACGAAUUCUUCGCGCGAAAUUUCACGAAGGGAACCCGACCCAUCGAUGGUCCUAACAAUCCAGCCGUUAUCGUGAGUGGUGCAGACUCAACCUUCGAUGGCUGUUGGAAUAUCAGAAAUGAUUCAACCGUCAUUUUAAAAAAAAUCCGCUGGAGCAUUAAAGAAUUACUUGAUGAUAGUAUAUACGGAGAUCAAUUUGCUGACGGGAAAUUUAUGCACGCAUUUCUCGGACCAUCUGACUAUCACCGUCAGCACGCUCCUGUCGAUGGCACAGUGCUCGAAGCCAAAGUCAUUCCAGGCCACGUCUAUCUCGAAGUUGUUGUAAAAAAAGACCCUAACGGCGAACUGGUACUCGCACCUAUUCGAAAUAUCGACAACGAAACACUCAGCGAAACAUCCAAUGUUCCGAUUCGUCCGGAAGCUCCGGACAAUCCGGGGUAUCAAUUCUGCCAGUCUCGCGGUCUGGUUAUAAUCAAAUCACAAUUUGGGUUAGUGGCUGUUUUACCAGUCGGUAUGGCUCAGGUGUCUUCUGUGGUCCUCAACGAUAAAAUUAUACCAAGUCGUGAGAAUCCAAAUCCUAAAGUGAAGAAAGGGGAUGAGAUAUCUCAUUUCCAGUUUGGUGGAUCUGACAUCGUUCUCGUGUUCCAAAAGGAUAGCAAUGUUGAUGUACUUGCUAAUUUAGGUAGACAUUAUAGAGUGGGCGAACAGAUUGCAAUUGCACACAACAUUACAAAUACAUAAAUUUACACUAAUGUAUAAUUUUAUAAUAAUUUAAAUUUAUCAAAAAAUACUUUACAAUAAAAAUUAUAAUUAUCUCAA